AUGAAUAUGCUCGGAUAUUUGGUGACGCUUAUGAAUAUUCAGAUUACGAAUUAUGACUAUAUAACAAAAAGCUUACCUGCUAAUUUAUUCCAGAGUUUCCGCGAGCAUUCAAGCCCGAUCAAUGACGUCACGAUAAAAGUGGGCGAAGUGGGCCACCUGGCCGCGGGGCUGAUGCAGGAGGGCAUCUUCCACCGCGACGACUUCCGAGAAACAGGCUACCACAGGCGAGGCAACAUCGGGAGGUUCAUCUCCAAAAAGUUCCAGGACUUCUUGAACUACAACAACGUGUCGGCGACGGAGGAUGGCGUGGCGGUCACCCUGGUCUUCAGUAAGGAGGGAGGUCAGAGAGGGGUGACGUUGCCACAGGGAACAAAGAGGCCGCCACUGCAGCCGCGGCCCCAGGAGAUGCAGGAGAAGUUUCUGCACCGGGAGACCAGGAUCGCUGAUGAUAGAGUUGAGGGGCUCUAA